GUGUAGCAUAAUAUGUUGUUUUCUGGUUUGUUACAUAUAUGUAUGUAUGUAUUUGUUUACUGCACAUGAGGAUCUUUUUCCAUUUAAUGAAAAGAUUUUGAGUUAUUUCAAAUUAUUACUCAAACUGGCAUAGAAACUACCUGCCUGGGAACAUGAUGUGUUUAUCCAGUUUCUAUAAAGAGCUAGAAUCCCAGCUAAAGAGGAUCUAUCUCUCAGAAUCUUUCAAAAUGUGAUUAAUUCGUUGAUCAUUCAGCAGAUGUUUGUUGAGCAUCUGUUAUGUGCCAUGGAUUAUUUUAAAUUCUGAGACUACAGCAGGGAACAAAACAACUUUCUAGUUUUGAAGGGUGACAAGAAAAUGUGUGUUGCGCAUUUAUGGUAUGUCAGAUGGACAACGCUGGGGGGAAGCAGGACAACAUACACAGGAAAUAUCAUCACAUGAAUUUUCCCAUGUUUCCCACAGUUCAUAAAACUGCAAACUGAUGUUAGGUAAAAGGAGUGUCAUGCCUGGAAUGAACUGGCAGCCUUUCCCUUGAUGUAACCCAGUGGCAACCAUAAUUCUGCUAACAUAGGCUGCCUAGAAUAAGAGAAUAAGAGAAUCCAGACCACUUAAUCCUGUUUGAAUGCGAUAAUUUUAAGAAAUCAUGGGCUACAUGAUGGCUAUAGUGUAUUCUUUCACUUCUCAGUUUCCAACAGAACCUACAGACUCGAGAAAGGUAGGAUCCAUACUUGGAUUAUUUGUGGAUGUAUAACAGAACCCGGUAUACAACUUUCAAUAAAACUACUUUAAAUGAAGGAAGAAUAAUCUUAAUGACUUGAUUUAGUGGUUACAGCAUUGUCCCUGCUUUCCAAACACCUAACACAAGAAAUGAUUACAAACACAACAUAAACUUCCGUAGCAAUUAGUUUGAAAACAAGAAAUAACGCAUGGUGGCGCUGCAGGCUAAGGUUUCACAAGGAAAAAAAAAAAAAAGAGCAAAAGCCACAGACUAAUAUUUCAGAUCUUCAGCAGCGAGAAAAACCUGGAAGCAGAGCUCAGACGAGUGAGUCUUCAGAGAGGGCUCCUCAGCUGCCGUUCGGGGCAGGUUAUCCCCGGGCAGAUCGAUCCCUGGCUCAAUCCCGACGCGCUCAGAGACCCUGUUGGCCUGUGUCCCUGGGCUGCCAUGCGCAGAAGGAGAGAGAUGGAGGCCGGAGGGGAGCCCAUUCCUAAACAAAGGCAAGUCGUGAUUCUGUUUCUUUUCCUGGGAGUAGCUUGGGGAGACCAGGGGCCCCACCGCUAUUCUGUGAUGGAGGAAACGGAGAAAGGCGCUUUUGUGGCUGACCUCGCCCAGGGCCUGGGGUUGGCGGUGGGGGAGCUAGCAGCGCGGGGAGCUCGGGUGGUCUCUGAGGACAACGAACCACGUUUGCAGCUUGAUUUACAAACGGGUCAGUUAAUAGUAAACGGACAAUUGGACCGGGAGGAGUUGUGUGGUCCCACCGAGCACUGUGUACUGAGUUUCCAAGUGGUCCUGAACAAGCCAGUGGAAGUAUUUCCAGUUGAACUCCUGCUAGGAGAUGUAAAUGAUCACUCUCCUGAGUUUCCUGAGCCAGAAAUGACCCUGAAAAUCCCAGAGAACAGCCUCCCUGGGACCGUGUUUCCUCUGAAAAGAGCCGAGGAUAUGGACGCUGGCAGCAACGGCGUCCAGAACUACAGCAUUAGCCCCAACACUCCUUUUCACGUCUCCACACGCCCCCGAAGCGACGGCAGGACAUACCCGGAGCUGGUGUUGGACAGAGAGCUGGAUCGCGAGGAGCAGGCGGAGCUGUUGCUGACACUCACAGCGCGAGAUGGCGGCUCUCCACCCCGCUCCGGCACUGCACACAUCCGCGUUCUGGUCAUGGACGUGAAUGAUAACGCCCCCGAGUUCACGCAGACUCUCUACGAGGUGCAGGUGCCAGAAGACAGCCCGAAGGGCUCCAUCGUGGUCCAGGUCACCGCCAGGGAUUUAGACGCGGGGACUUACGGAGAGACAUCCUACGCCCUUAUUUAUAGCUCGCAGGACAUACGCAAAACCUUUGAGUUGAACAGCCUUUCAGGAAAAGUUCGACUCAUCAGAAAGCUAGAUUUUGAGACAGUCUCUUCAUACGAGUUUGACAUAGAGGCAUCUGACGGAGGGGGGCUUUCAGGAAAAUGCUCUGUCUCCAUUAAGGUGCUGGACGUUAACGACAAUCCUCCGGAAAUAACUAUCUCAUCGCUUACUAGCUCUGUUCCUGAAAACUCUCCGGAGACAGAAGUGGCGCUGUUUAGGAUUCGAGACAGAGACUCUGGGGACAAUGGGAGGAUGAUUUUCUCCAUCCAGAACGAUGUACCUUUCAAGCUGAAACCCACCUUGGACAACUUCAUCACCCUGGUAACGGACGGACCUCUCGACAGGGAGGCCAAGGCCCACUACACCAUCACCAUCACAGUCUCAGACCUGGGCACGCCCAGGCUGCAGAGCCAGCACAACGUGACAGUGCACGUGUCCGACGUCAACGACAACGCGCCCACCUUCAGCCAGGCCCUGUACACCCUGUUCGUGCUGGAGAACAACAGCCCCGCGCUGCACAUCGGCAGCGUGAGCGCCAGCGACAGGGACGCGGGCGCCAACGCCCAGAUCACCUACUCGCUGCUCACACAAGACCACACAACGCAGCAGCCACAGCCACAGGCGCAGGAGCAGGGGCAGGGGCAGGGGCAGGGGCAGGGGCAGGAACAGGAGCAGGCUCAGCUGCAGCAGGUGGACGUGGGCGCGCUGGUGGCCCUGGAUGCGGCCAGCGGGCAGCUGUUCGCGCUGCGCGCGCUCGACUACGAGACCCUGCGCGCCUUCGAGUUCGGCGUGCGCGCGUCGGACGGCGGGUCUCCGGCGCUGAGCGGCGAGGCGCGCGUGCGCGUGGUGCUGCGCGACGCCAACGACCACGCGCCGCGCGUGCUGUACCCGCCGCGCAACGGCUCAGCGGCGGGCGCGUGCCCCGAGCUGGUGCCACGCGGCGCUGAUGCGGGCUACCUGGUGAGCAAGGUGGUGGCGGUGGACGGCGACUCGGGCCGCAACGCGUGGCUGUCGUACGAGCUGCUGCAGGCCACGGAGCCCGGGCUGUUCGGCGUGUGGGCGCACAGCGGCGAGGUGCGCACGGCGCGGCCUGUGAGCGAGCGCGACGCGCCGCAGCAGCGGCUGCUGGUGCAGGUGCGCGACCACGGCGAGCCGCCGCUCUCGGCCAGCGUGGCGCUGCACGUGCUGCUGGUGGACGGCUUCUCGCAGCCCUACCUGCCGCGGCCCGACGCGCCGGCGGGGAAGGCGGGCUUGGCGGGACUGGCGGGUGUGGGGGGCGAGGCCGGGCAGGCGGAGGGGCUGACGGUGUCGCUGGUGGUGGCGCUGGCGGCGGUGUCUUCUCUGUUCUUGGCGUCUGUGUUGGCGCUGGUGGCCGCGCGGCUGUGUGGGCGUGGCGGUGCUGAGGGUGCUGUGGCGGUGGGGUCUGGGUGUGGGGUGUCUGUGGGCGAGGGCCACUUGUUCCCUGCGGGGGCUGGGUGUGGUGGUGUGGGUCCUCUGGUGGACGUGGGCGGGGCGGGGACGCUGUCUCACAGCUACCAGUAUGAGGUGUGUGUGAGUGGAGGGAGUGGGACAGGUGAGUUCAAGUUCAUGAAGCCCGUUAUGCCUAAUCUCCCGCCACCGUUUUCUGGGAACGAAUUGGAGGAGAACCCCAAUUUUCGGAAUAGCUUCCCAUUCAGUUAAGUAUUAGGUUCGUCCACUAAACCCUGCUUGCUAGAUUGGAAUUCUCUUUUGAAUACGUGUUUUUAAUGCAUGGUGGCACCCUUUGUGAUGUGUGUAGGAUGGAACCUUUGGAGUGUUGUACUAUUGUUCCCCAACCCCAUUUUCCCCAAUUCCAGCCCAGAACUCAGACGAUAUUAGAAGGUAUGGAGCCUUUCAGAACAAUUUAAAUAUCUAGAUUUUCUUCUUUGGUUUUAUUAGUUUGCGUUCUUAGCCUUUC